AUGGCCGACGAGAAAUCACAAGACAAAGUUGUGUCAACCUCCGGGGAGGAAACUAAGAAAGCGGACACCGGCGACAAUAAGAAGACGGAGGAUACCGAUUCGGGUUCCACCACAGAGCAAUCGAGGCCGCCCAGACAGUUGCUCUCGCAUUACAGAGGGAUGCCGAAGCAAUGGGAGAAGAACCAAGUCCCAAAGAAAGAUACCUAA